AACUGCGGAAAUAGAGUUUGUCUGACCACGGCGGUAGUUUUUUGCUCCUAAUGUUGUCCUUAGUGGAGCGAGAAUUCGGGGUUGUGUGCACAAAAGUUGUUCAUUCACCUUGUGAUGUUGAAAUUAAUUGUGAUAUUGAAAAUAAGUGUCUUAACUCCUCCAAUCGCUUUGCUGAAACGUCAUGUGACGACUUUGAAGGGAACCCCCUAGAAAUUGAAAAAAUAGCGAACUUAUCAAUUGAGUCAAGUUUUACUGAUUCACAAAAAGAAUCUACAAUGCCACGCUCAAGAUUCUUCGACUUUACAGGACUCAAACCUCUGGAGCAGUAAGUUUAGUAUUUUCGAAACACUUUCAGUAAACCUGUUGGAGGAUAUGUCGAUAACGUACUUUAUUUUGUACGUGAAAAGGGUGAACAGUUGAUUGGGUUAUUUCCAAGGACUAAGACGUCCAAAAGAAUUCUACGCAUUAGUUCAGAGUUUAAUGUUGAUGUAAAUCAUUCAAUUAAAGUAUUAUCUCAAGAAUCAAUGCUUUCUUUUCCUGUAAGACAAAAUACAUGACUUGUAAGUUUCAGAAUUUCGUUUGCACUUUUGAGUGCAUGUACAAACUGUCUCACGGGGUAUUCCAAGCUCGAUAUGAAACAUGUGAAGACAAAGUACUUAGUCCCCCUCCAUCUUUUGUUUCUGGAGAAUUGGUUUGUCUAUUUUUCUAUUAGUACUCAUUUCAGACUGUGAAUAUCGCGCCCUACAAGUCUAAUGAACUGAUCUCAAACCUUUUGGAGGAAAUACGCAUUUUAAAAGUAAAAGUAGUAUUAUGUUAAUUAACAGGAUUUAUAUCGAGCUUACGAGUGCGACUCAUCAGUUUGGCUAGCAAACUCUAUGGUUAAUAGUGAACAGGUCAAGGCUGAGUUUCCGAAUAUAUUCGAAUCAGGUAAACUUCCAGUUAUUAUUUCAAGAACUAGUUAAACCAAUUAAAGUUGAUCGACCUGAUGGAAAUGCUUAUGGUGUUAAUUUUAAUCACCUGCUUUCUGGACGAAAAUUGGAUUCAUCUGAAGCUAUUUGGAAUCUAGUUAAAGGAUCGCCAGAUAAACUCACCUUCAGAACCUGCGUUGAAAGUGCUUUUGAGUAUUUAGUCGGCAAAAGUGAGCUAAUCUAUCUUGCUAGCCACAACCAUACUCAACUCGCUUGCAGACUACGUCAUCUACACGAUCCCACAGAAACAUACGGUCAAAAUCCCUGUGGACUUCUUAAUUUUGGUAUCGAAACCCUUAUCGAAAUUGGUCUCCAUAAAGUAAUAAACGACUGUGUUUAUCUUCUCGAGAGUAUAAUUCCAGAGUCGUAUACAUUUUUUGAAAGAGACAAACAAAGUGGAUGGAAUUUAGAAAGUCAAUGGGAUGUAUUACACCAUUUAUAUAAGUCCGUAUCAUUUUUGUUAUGUCUUGGAUCAAUGAUAUCGAAAUCAUCUUUAAUUUCUGAAUUAAGAAAAAUUAUGGCUCAAAAAUCGCAAAAAAAUGAAUGGAAAUCUGCACUGUACGAGCCUAAUAAUAAGCCAUUUUGUAUGACUCAUAGUUUCUCUCUACUUGUAUCUGAGUUAGUUGUCCCGCUAUCGGAGUUAUCUCCAGAUCUUUGGAUUAUGCGCAUAGAUGGCAAGCAUCCUGUGCCAACAUCAAUACGCAUUAUUUACGAAUCGGUUACAAAAGACGGACUAGAACAGUAUGCAUGCCAUAAGUUACGAAUGAUUGACAGUUACUGGCCAAAUAUGUCAUAAUUUUGUGUGUUGUACUCAUUUCAGAUCGGAUUCUUUAUUGAUUAGCUAUAUGUUCUAUCAGACAACAGAUGACAAAUAAUAUAAUUUAUUUGAGUUAUUUACUUGAAGAUAUUUUGCAAUAUAUAGUCUUCCCAUAUAUAUAUAUAUAUAUAUAUAUAUAUAUAUAUAUAUAUAUAUAUAUUCUUUUUCAUAAGCAUAUAUUUAACCUUCAAAUUUUCAUAAAUCAUAUCAUGAUGAAUUGUAUGUAGUAGUUUGUUGGGGCAUCCUUGUGACUUGUUCCUUGAAAAAUGAAAUUUUUGGGUUG